AUGAUCAACUCUUCUAAGGCCUGGAUUGCAUGGACAGCCCACCAAGGAUGGGCAGAUGCGCGGACUGCAGGCAGUGUUGAUGGGCGGUUGAUUGAGCAGAAAAUUCCCAUGCCCUGCGGUUGCCAAAUCUUGCAGAUCCUACUACCAGAUGCCAGGGAUUUUUGGAUUGGACUUGACCGAAACUACUCAGCUCAUCUUGGUUGCCAGGGGAAAGAGAACCAAGGGCGCCAGAUUCCCGGAAGAAUUGACAUUCUGUUGUGGUCUCAUUUCCGGCUGGCCCUGGUCAAAGCGGCAAGAAACGACCAUGAAGAGUUGGCGACUCAGGGCGGCAUCCACAGACUUGGACCGAAGCACAAGGUGGAGGAGUACUAUGUGCAGCCCAGGUUCGCGGCAGGUCGGCUCUUCGCCGGGGGCACCACCUUUGCGUCCUUGGCGGCGAACACCUUCUACAAUCCCACCCUGAUUGACCUCGUGAGUACCAUGGUCACGACGCACAUUCGAAUGGUGAAGCUGCCUCACUCCUGGGAAGGAAAGUCUUACUUCGAGCUUUUCGACUUCCUGCUGUGGAAGGAGAAGCUCCUGGCCAUUGGGAUUUACCGAACCGCCGAAGUGAGCACUGGAGGCGAAGAGGACGAGACUCCCCGCUUGGGCAGCAAAGGCGGCAUGGUUGUCAGUCCCUCUGGCAGGCGCAAGAGCAGUGGGGGUGAGAUGGCGGUGCGCGCGUCACGGCUUUCGGACUCCAAACACACCAGGAAGACCGUGAGGGUGAGCUUUGUGUACACAGCUCCUCCGGGAAAAGAGACGGCGAUGAUGCCGGGUGACAAGGUCAUUUGCUUCGAGUGUGGGAAGGACUCAUCCUGA